AUGGAAUCAGCUCUGGAUAUCGCGCUUCGUAUAGAGCUCUACAAUUUUGCGCAGACCAACGCUCCCCCGACAAUCGAAAAAAAUUUUUCUAGAGCAGCCAAUGCCUGUGAUCAUUGCAAACUUCGAAAAACUCGGUGUACAAGGCCAAAUGGUGGAUUAACGGCCUGUGAAAGGUGCUCAUUGUGCAAUCUUGAAUGCAUUACCUCCAAAACCAAGCGGUCUAACUCGUUUGUUGCAAUAAAUUUCGAACCAUCUACACCCAUUCACGCCGUCGACGAGGAGGCCGAGGUCGAGGACCGCACCCAACAGACGCCAUUGCUCCAAAGUCCUGAGGAUCGCACAAAUACGUUUCCUUCACCUACACAACUCGCAGAACGAAUGAUGGACCCGAUAGCGAUAUCACACACCAUCAGUGAUGUUAAACACCUCGACACCGCGAGCUUGUCCAAAUCACGACGGAAAGUGAAAGCGCUCAACAACCUCCCCGUUCUUGCGAGGGUUAGGAAGCGUCGGUGUACAAGGCGAAAUGGGGGAUCAACGCCCUGCGAAAACUGCCUUGCACGUUUCCAAGAAUGCAUUACGUCCAUUCCCAGACGGUCUAACUCAAAACUUGUUGUACGGAAUUUGAAAACUUCUACACCCAUUCAUGCCGUCGACGAGGAGGUCGAGGUCGAGGACUGCACCCAACUGACACGAUUCCCCCAAAAUCCAGAGGACCUGAACACAAUUUCCGCCCCGUUCCAGAUUCCAACGUUUCUUUCCACGGCACGACUCCCGGAGCGAACGAUACCAGACACCAGCGACUCACUGAUUAAUGCGGAUCCGGUGUCAUAUAAUUACAAAGGCCGGGAACAUCGCAGUUAUACGGAAUACCUCGACACCUCGUCCGCGGGAUGGAUAUGUUUAUGA